AUGCAAGGGCUUUCCACCGAACAUCACAGAGGCACAUGGGUGAGGAGUGCGAUGGAAAACGUAGUUUGGGCAGAGUCUAGGGUUUGUAAUUUGAUGAGGGUUUGGGUAGCUCCACCUGGUGCGAGUCAUGGGCAACAGUGGGUGAUGGGUGAUGGGUGGUGGGGUCCUCUGUUGCAUGACUAA